AUGCACCCCGGCCACCACUUCGAGAGCAUCACGAAACCCACGUUCCUCGACAUUCUGGCGCAAUAUCCACAUGUCGUUCCUGGCAAGCUCAACGAUCUGGACAAAACGCGUUAUGGCAUGCGGCCCACUCCUCCAGGAAAGACACCCGGCGCAUACUUCACCAAGGAUCAAGUCGUCACGCUGGUAGAAUGGAAGCUGUCUCAUGGUACUUUCCGGCCGAAGCUCAAGCAACUUGUCGAAUCCAAUGCCGAGCACCAUGUCGUAUCCAUCACACGAUCGUCGCUAACCGGAAUGGCUGAUGUCUCCAUCUCGGCAGAGCAGGUCAAGGCUACCUUGGCCGCACUGACUGCUCUGAAAGGAGUCGGUCCCGCGACUGCGAGCUUAUUGAUGAGCGUAGCCAGUCCGGUGCAUGUGCCAUUCUUCUCGGACGAGCUGUUCCGUUGGGCAUUCUACGAGGAUGCCAAAGGCAAAGGCUGGGACCGAUCGAUCAAAUAUACGCCAAAGGAGUAUCUGGAGCUUUUUGAGAAAUUACAGCAGCUUGUGAACCGAAUCGAUGUCUCAGCUGUUGAUGCUGAGAGGGUGGCGUAUGUUUUGGGCAAACGAACGUAUGGCAAGGGAAGCAAUAAGAAGACAGAGGCCGCUGCGCAGUCUAGGAAACGUGCGGCCGACGACACCAGCGCGGAGAAUGUCCAGCCAGUACCAACAUCUAAAAAGAGCAAGACUACCAAAAGCGAUUCCAAAGAUGAGCCGUCAUCACAAUCGGCAAAGUCUGUCACAAGAGGGACACGCUCAUCCACACGGCUGAAGGCACAAUCAUGA